AUGGGUGUUCAAAGAACCCUGCACGUUCUCCACAAUUCCGAGCAACCAGCAUCGGCGUUCGCCAUUCUCGAGUCGGGCAACAAGGUAGUUCCGCUGAUAGCCGACGGUCUAUUCGAUCUCCUCAUGUACAAGAUCUCCAGCAUCUACACGAACAAGAUGCAGAAGAUGGAGUCCAAAGGGCCGCGAUUCGAGAUCGGUGACUUUUGCGUGAAACUGGGCAGCGUGACGAUUAAUCAGAAUUUCAAAGGAGUCCUCGUCGAGGUGGAAUAUAGACCGUGCGUCGUUCCCGGAAGUGCAUGGGAAUUGAUGCGUGAAUUUCUGCAAGGUUUUCUCGGUUCCACCGUGUCUAAUCAAGCCCCGCAGUAUCUACAGAAUCGUAUGAACGAUAUUUAUCAGCCAUUGGAUACGAUACAGCAAUACUUGGAACACUUCGGUCAGUACAGAAAGGCUACAGGUGUGAUUUAA